GGGCAGAUACACACCUACGCACUUUUCGGCAAGCAGGAUAUAACACACAUAAGACGAAGUAGACACACACCAACACACGAACGUACAUGAAAAUAAACGUAAAUAUGACGAUACAAUAACACAGAAAGUUGUUUCGAGUAUCUCGCACACUUUCAGUACCAUAUAAAAUACUGAAACGAACAGACGUUUGUUGCCGAACAGCUUUAUAGUGAACAUUAAUUUUCAAUUUCUUUGCAACGUCACUGCGCAUCACUAUCAGCAUCCCCUUUUCUGUAGUGCAAUAAAAGCUACAAGAUAUCAACAAUAUAAAAUCGUUGACCUCGCCAGCCUCCACUAGUCGAGAUUGUGUUACAAUAUUGCCAUCCGUGAAUAGAGAUAAAAAUGUUCAACGUAAACCUAUGUUUAAUCUCUAUUCUGAGAUGCAUUCUAACUUUUCUAAUAUUAAAUCAACCUGUCUUUGGUAACCACACAGAGCCAACCGUCGACAAAACGUCGAACAGAAUAAAAGUAAAUGUGUCUGAAGGGAUAUUAGUCGGCAUCGUCGAGGCAAGCGUUUAUGGCGAUUCUUACAAUGCUUUUCGUGGAAUACCAUAUGCUAAACCUCCAGUGGGUGAUCUCAGAUUUCAAGAUCCGCGACCACCAGAACCAUGGUUCGGCGACAGAGACGCUUCGUUUUACAGAAACGUCUCUCUUCAGAAGGACAUAUUCUGGAACCAUACCAUUGGGGACGAAGACUGUCUCUAUUUGAACGUGUAUACCAACGACAUGAAUCCUUUAAAGAAACGCGCCGUGAUGGUGUGGAUAAAAGGUGUAGGCUUAUGGAAGAAUGAAAUCACCCGAAACUUUAUGGUCCCGAUUAUUUCAUGCGGAAGAAUGUGGUACUCGUUACCCUGAAUUACAGAUUAGGUGUCCUAGGUUUUCUCAAUUUUUAUACAAAAAUGGCGACGGGAAAUCAGGGAUUAAAAGAUGUAGUUAU